AUGCCGGGCUUCGACUUCUCCAACUACAACCGCAAUGCGGCCCUGCACGCCAGGGGAGUGCCUCUGCCCAAGGCGACCAGCACAGGAACAACCAUUGUCGGGUGCAUCUUCGACGGCGGCGUUGUGAUUGCCGCCGAUACGCGAGCCACUUCGGGCCCCAUCGUCGCCGACAAGAACUGUGAAAAGCUUCACUACAUCUCCCCCCAGAUCUGGUGUGCAGGCGCCGGCACCGCCGCCGACACCGAGUUCACCACCGCCCUCAUCUCCUCCCAGCUCGAGCUGCACUCGCUCUCCACCGGCCGCAAGCCCCGCGUCGUCACCUGCAUGACCCUCCUCAAGCAGCACCUGUUCCGCCACCAGGGCCACAUCGGCGCCUACCUCGUCGUCGCUGGCUGCGAUCCUACAGGCACCCACCUCUUCACCGUCCACGCCCACGGCAGCACCGACAAGCUUCCCUACGUCACCAUGGGAUCCGGCAGUCUCGCGGCCAUGAGCGUCUUUGAGACCCAGUGGACACCUGACUUGACGCGGGACGCUGCCGUCAAGCUGUGCAGCGAUGCCAUUCUGGCUGGUGUCUGGAAUGAUCUGGGCUCCGGUUCAAACGUCGACGUUGCUGUCAUCACCCAGGAGAAGACAACUCUUCUACGAAACUACAUCAAGCCCAACGAGAAGAGCGCCAAGCUGCAGAGCUACCGCUUCCCCAAGGGCACCACUGCCGUUUUGAACGAAAAGAUUAUUACCAAGAGCGAUAUUGGACGAUACGUCACCGUAGUCGACCUACCAGUUGAGGGAGAGAAAAUGGAUGUUGAUACCUAA